CAUUCAACAGCUGACUGGCGCUGGAUGUGACGUAAUGUACGCUUUCCGUCCAGGUAUUCGUCCAACACAGAGCCGGCAGUCGACAGCGGUGGACUAUGUGACACAAGGAAUUGUGAAUCACAUAGUAUGUACGAGAUAAUAAUGAUGCGUAACCGAAGUGAAGUAGUGACUCUACCGUAACCACAAAGCGAGUGUGCCUGGCGAACCCCCAUCAGUAUCAGCAGUAUAUCGAGGAUGCUGGGGGCUAGUAGAAUGCUUAUGCCUCGAGGGGCAGUGCUGGUCCAUAGUGUCUGCAUGUCGACUGUGCCUCAGGUGUGUGUUGUUGGCAGUGGCCCAGCAGGAUUUUACACAGCCCAACAAAUUCUAAAGAGUCAUGCCUCUGCCCAGGUUGACAUGUAUGAAAAGCUUCCCACACCUUUUGGUUUGGUGCGCUAUGGAGUUGCACCAGACCAUCAGGAAGUCAAGAAUUGCAUCCAUACCUUCACCCAGACAGCCUUACAGGACAGGUUUACUUUCCUUGGCAAUGUUGAAGUGGGUUGCGAUGUGACGCUGGAUCAGCUGAGGGAAGCAUACCAUUCUGUUGUGCUGGCUUAUGGUGCUGCAGAAGAUCGUCCUUUAGGGAUCCCAGGGGAGAUGCUACCCAAUGUCCUCUCUGCUCGAUGCUUUGUUGGCUGGUACAAUGGUCUUCCUGAGGAUGCCAACAUUAAUGUUAAUCUGGACACCGACUCUGCUGUUGUUGUUGGUCAGGGAAAUGUUGCUAUUGAUGUUGCCAGAAUUCUUCUAACAUCCAUUGAUAUUUUGAAGAAGACGGAUAUCCCAGAAAGUGUGCUGGCAAGUCUGGCAGAAAGUCGAGUGAAACGUGUGACAUUGGUUGGUCGGCGAGGGCCAGAACAUGUGGCCUUCACAAUCAAGGAGCUGCGAGAGAUGGUCAAUUUGGCUGGCUGUCGGCCUAGCCUGCAACCAAGUGACUAUCAGCACCUGCGUCACCUCAUUCCAAAUUUACCGCGACCACGCAAGAGGUUAUUGGAACUUUUGGCAAAGACAGCACUAGAAGAGCCAAACCCUAAACUGGCAGCAUCUUAUGCUUCAGCAGUAAGACAGUGGAGCCUCCAGUUUCUUCGAAGCCCAGUGGAGGUGUUGGCAUCAGAAGAUGGCAGUGUGUCAGGGUUAAAGUUGGCUAAGAACAAGUUGGAGGGAAAAAAGGGACAAGAGAGGGCAAUUACUACUGAAGAUAAAGAAAUUUUGGAGUGUGGACUGGUGCUUCGUAGCAUUGGGUACCGUGGCCAUGCUGUUGAUGCAUCUCUGCCCUUUGACCCUCACACUGCCACCAUUCCUAACAAGGAAGGCAGAGUCACAGGCAAUCCUGGAUUAUAUGUUAGUGGCUGGAUUGCCACAGGACCAGUGGGAGUUAUUUUGUCUACCAUGACCAGUGGCUUCACUACAGGAAAAGCUGUAGUGGCAGAUAUUCAGACUACAGCUGUAGACAUAAAUCAACACAAAGAGGGAAAGACUGCUAUUCAGAGAGUUUUGGCAGAAAAAGGUGUAAGGAUAGUAUCCUUCAAGCAGUGGCAACAGCUCGACCAACAUGAGAUGCUAGCUGGGGCCAAGCUGGGUAAGCCACGGGAGAAGGUGACCAACUUGCACAGAAUGAUGGAGCUGUCACAGUGAGGGAAAUUUAGUUAAGAGAUUGCGGUUGUGGUUAGUGGAAGGAUGAUACAUGAACGUGUCUUAAAAGGGACCACUGUAUGAUAGCUGGUUAUAAAAACUUAAAAGGGGCCACUGUAUGAUAGCUGGUUAUAAGAACCAAUCCAAGGUGCUACAUUUCCUCUUGGCAUGCUCCAACCUGAGAUCUAAGGAAACAAAGGUUUGCCAAUGCUAGCCAUUUAUCUCAAGUAAGUUUAUCUGCGACACCAUCAAAGAUCAUUCUUGGACACUUAUCUGCAGGAAACAACCGAGAUAGACAUAACUAUAAUUCCUUUGAGUGUCAAUAAAUUGCUGGCCAGUUGUCAAACAGCUAAAGUACCAUGACAUAGCUCAUUUUCUGCAAAUAAAUUUGUAAAAAAUACCACAUUGACCUGAGAAAA